AGUCGGUGGCAACUAUGACAUAUACGCCCAAAACUAACUACGAUGACGUGGAAAAGAUUUGGAGAAGUGAAAAGGAGAAAUCCCAGUUUGGCGAGGAUCUGUCCAUUGGCGAAAUUAUAUUUCAGGAAAUGGUCCGCCAUCCCAAAAGUGUAGCGCAGAUUUCAGUCUCGGAGAAAACGAUUCUUUUGCGGGAGGAUCUGUUGAACAAUGCUAUUCGCAUCGCAACUUAUAUGCGCCAAUUGGGUUUGACUCAGUGGGACAUCGUGGGCGUUCUUGCCCGGAAUACCACCCAUAUAUCGGCUGUUGCCUACGCAUGUUUCUUCAAUGGAAUCGCUCUACACUCGCUAAACUCCACCUAUUUACCCGAAAUUAUUGAGAAGCUGUUCCAGAACACCAAGCCACGUUUAAUAUUCUGCGAUGGUGAUGAGUACGAAAAAGUGCGUGCGGCCACCACAAAGUUAGAUGUGAAGAUAGUGACAAUGCGUAAUCAUCCAGAAGAUGCUUUCAGCAUCCAGGAAAUUUUAAAAACGCCAGCCGAAGUAGGUUUCAAGCCUACAUCCUUAGAAAGGGGAUCUUCGCAUCCAUUGGCCAUCAUCAGCACCUCCGGCACAACCGGCACUCCCAAAGCAGUAAUUGUGACCAAUUGCCGAACUAUUCUGAGCACCCUAACUAAACUAACCACCUCGGAUGUUCAGUACUCAGCCAGUACUCUGGACUGGAUUUCGUGUCUGUGGACGUUGGUUUCCUCGGGAGUCUAUAGCACAAAGCGAAUUGUAUCUGACGAACCUUUUGAUCCGAAGGAAGCUCUACGCAUUAUCGAGGACUACCAGGUCACUUGGGUUAUCCAGACUCCAGCCCAAGCAGCAGCUAUUGUCAGCUGCCCAGCCUUUGAGACAGCCAACCUGGAUAGCAUUCGAUAUAAUUAUUUCGGAGGUGGGCGAUGUACCAUGGAAGUUCAGAAAAGACUUCGUCGAAAAUUGGCCGGAGAUUACCUAAACUUUGCCUAUGGCACUUCGGAAUUGGGAUCGCUUGCCUGCGUCAACAGGCACUUCGAUGCGAAGCCCAAUUCGGUGGGUCGUCCGAGUGCUGGCUACAAACUAAAGAUUAUGGACGACAAAGGUGGUAAACUAGGACCCAACGAGGAGGGCGAGGUGUGCGUUGACAAAGGAAGCUUUUGGCCCGGAUACUAUGGAAAUCCGGAGGCUACGGAAGAAGUCUACAAGGACAACUGGUUCCACACUGGCGACCUCGGAUACGUGGACGACGAUGGCUUUGUGUACAUCGUAGAGCGAAAGAAGGACUUGCUGAAGUACCAGAGCAACAAGUACUACCCACACGAGUUGGAGGAACUGAUCUCCCAAAUACCCGGCGUGGUUGAGGUCUGUGUCUUUGGCAUUUGGAACGUGGAAAACGGUGACGAGGCAGCGGCAAAUAUCGUCAGGAAGCCAAAUGUACUGAUUAGCGAACAGGAUGUGGAGGACUAUGUGGCUCGGCAUGCAGUUACCGAGUUUUUAAGGCUGCAUGCCGGCUGCUUAAUUGUUGACGACCUGAAAAGAAGUCCAAAUGGAAAAACAAACCGUGCUGCCAACAAGAAACAUUUUCUUCAAGCAAAGGGUAUUCAGAUAAAUACGUAGAAAGGAAACACAGGCAAUAUUUGUUUGUA